CUUGAUAGAUAACUGGAGUAGCUGUGUAGCUGUGUAGCUGUGCUUAUCGCUCUACUCCGUACUUGCUGCUGUCGCGUGUCGCGUGUCCAUUUCAUUCAGUAGCAGAUAUCCAGAUUGUGUCUUCUGACUGUCUACACCGCACCGUACCUUCGUUGUCGUCGCAUCUACCCAGAUCCCCCCGAAUGGUUUCACAUGUUCAUUGUUACCUUUCCCUUUCUUUUUCCUUCCUCUUUCCCCACUUGAGGUGUUUAAUCUCCUAAUUAUGUUAUUCGAUUGAUUUAUUCGCCUUUUACUUUUUCGUUCCCUUUCUCCCACGCACCUCUUCGCCAACAAUCAUCUCAAGGGAACCCAUGACCUCAAAACUGUAUUUUCUUUUCCAAAACGAUCGGUAGAUGUUGCAUCGUAAUCGCAUUCGCGAACCUCUCGUUAUUCUAGAAUAGCUUGGCUCUCGGGUGCUUUUUGUGGGUACAUGCUUUUACCUACACAGUAUUCGUAUGUCCUCCGUACCUUUUCACCUCACAGACCACCGAGCCACUUUAACUACUGGUUUGCGGCUGAAAAGGAAAAUACACAAUUGGCGACUGUGGCCGUAACCAUAACCGUGUUCGUUCCAACUUCCUCCAUCGAUCGAGUCUCGGGUCUAUUUUACUAUUCCUCUCCCUCUUUCGCUUCAGAUGCUCCAGAAUGGGAGACAGGGAGGUAGCCACAGA